AAGUUAGUUAUAAUUGUUUCAUAGUUGAUUUUUAACAUGCCCCCUUUAAUUUUAAUGAAUUGUUAGUUUUAUCGACGUUGGUGAAAUGUUGUCAAUACUUAGGCGGGUUUUUUAUUAUUUUUCGGGACCCGAAGAAGAAGUUAUAGAGCCGCAGUUGACAACUGAGAAUAAUAAACGAUGUCAUUUAGACAGCUACUACGUUGCUGAUUCCAUGCAUCAAAAUAAACGUAUGAAAUAUAACAAUGAUGAAGAAAAUAUUGUCAUAGAUGAUAAUGAAUGUACUUCAAGUAUGAAUAACAGUUACCAAAUGCCAUUAUCUGCUACUCCGCUCAAAUCUAAUGGAACACAUGUAAUUAUGGAUAAACCAAAACAAUGUGUAUUGAAACCAAAGGAUACUGAAUUUUUAAAUCAUAUACAAAAACAUAAAAAUCAUAAAUUAAAUUAUGUAAAAAAAGAAAAUUUGGCAGCUAAGUAUGCUCAGCAUCCUCUAACUGACAAAAAUCGAAAUCUAGAUUUGAAUAAAAGUUCAGCUUUGUAUGACGUAAACAAAUUACGUGAAAAAAUUAAUUACUGUAAUCUUAUUAAAAGUCACGCGCCUGUGGCUUGUGUCACACUUGAACAAAAUAAAAAUAACUUAUUCAAGAAACCUUUGUUUGUGGAUUUAACUAAAGAUGAAAACUCAUUCAAGACACCUUCAAUGGUGGAUUUAACUAAAGAUGAAAAAGCUGAAGACAAUCGAAAGAGUAUCCUUAAAAAUGAAAAGUCUAGGAAAUCGAUUCUGGAACUAUCAAGAGAAGGCGAUACUAAUGGGGCUUUAAAGAAUAUUACUAUUAGAAGGAAAAAUGUGUCACCAGUCACCAAGCAUACUGAAUGGAUACAUAACUUAAACAAACGAUUUGACCAAAGUGGACUUCAAAAGAAAUUGAAAAUUAAUGAUGAAAAAUUGCGAGCUCAAGUUCUUAGUGACAAAAAUAAAGUAUUUGAUGAAAUUAUCAAUGAGAGAUUAUUGAAACAGCUGCAAAUAAAAGAAGUUAUAGAUUUAGUGGAGGAGAAACCACUUGAGGUCGAAACAGUAUUACCCGAAUUCACUCCAGAGGAAGAUGCUAAAAUCAAUAAAGCCAUGCGCUCUCCAUCUCAAGAGCAGAUUAUUCAAAAAUUUGGUUACAACAUUACUGGCGCUUGUCUUUAUUCACUGAGUGGCUUAAAUUGGUUAAAUGAUAAUGUCAUAAAUUUCUAUAUGAAAUUACUAACACAACGAGGAGCUGAACCAGGAAAUCUUAAGGUUCAUGCCAUGGACAGUUUUUUCUUAGUCAAUCUUCGAACUCGUGGUUACAGUUCCGUUCGUAGAUGGACAAGGAAAGUGGAUAUAUUUUCAUUUGAUUUAAUGCCAAUUCCAGUUCACGUUAGUGGUGUUCAUUGGUGUAUGUUAAUUAUUGAUUUUAAACAUAAAACUAUAAAGUAUUAUGAUAGUAUGGGCGGUUCCAAUAAAGGUGUUCUCGAUAUGGCAGAAAAUUAUUUGAAAGAGGAGUCAUUGGAUAAGAAGAAAGUAACACUAGAUACAAGUACCUGGACAAAGGAGACAGUAAAGGAUAUACCUCAACAAAUGAAUGGUUGUGACUGUGGAGUAUUUUCAUGUAUGUUUGCGGAGUACAUAUGUAGAGGAGCAAAAAUUAAUUUUAGUCAAAAUGAUAUGAAAUAUUUUAGGAGAAAAAUGUGUUUGGAAAUAGUCAAUGGAAAAUUACUAACUUAA